AGCGUGCGGCAGUGCGGAGGGCGGGGGAGGUAUUUUAGCGGGGCAGACACCCGCACACCAGCUACAAGGAAAGCCGUACAGCAAGCACACGGACUGGUGUGGGUUGAACAAGCGACAAACAGUGUGAACGCAAAUAUAAACGCCGAGAAAGAUAGCACCAUGUCUGACAGAAAGGCUGUGAUUAAGAAUGCCGACAUGUCCGAGGACAUGCAGCAGGAUGCAGUGGACUGUGCCACCCAGGCCAUGGAGAAGUACAACAUCGAGAAGGACAUCGCUGCCUACAUCAAGAAGGAAUUCGAUAAGAAGUACAACCCCACCUGGCAUUGCAUUGUGGGUAGGAACUUCGGAAGCUACGUGACGCACGAGACCAAGCACUUCAUCUACUUCUACCUGGGCCAGGUGGCCAUCCUCCUCUUCAAGUCUGGAUGAGGGACGAGAGGAGAGGGAAGAGAGGACUGUGAUGCACUGCUGGCUGACGCCACGACCCCACACACACACACACACAUCCUUGAAAAAGAAGCAAGCAGGCAAACUGGCUGUGCGCGGCUGCAUGGACUGUGUACAGCAUUUAAUGAUGUGUAUAUGUUGCAGUAAAAAUAAAAACUUUAAUAAACUUUAUCUUUAGUUGCCUGGAAGAAAGGAAAUGAGAGGAAUAUUUUUUUUUAGUGCUUUCUUUCACUUUGUUUGUUUUUGGUAUUGCACUGAAGUUGUAAAAAAGAAAAAAGCUUUAACAGUGGCCUUUAGUGAAAAUAAAGAAUGAUUCUACACUGAAUUUAAAAGGAAUCUCUCUGAAUAGUGUUGUGUUCUCUGAGCAGGUGAUUUGUCAUGUGAAUGUGGUACGAUGUUGAAUUAUUUUAUAAAAUCACCUCGGUGACUGAA